AAGUGUAAAAAUAGAAAGGAAAAAACUGGGAUAGUAUAGUAAAUUAAAUACAAUAGUGCAUAUGCUAUUAUAGAGGGUAAGAGAGAGAGAAAGAGAAAGGGUGGGGGAACGUAGGUGCCACGACGACGGUGGGCGAGCGACUGGCGGUUCGCGUCUUAGCUCGUGCGAUUCCGCGGACGCUCGGAAACGCCGGCGCCUCUGGGCGUCGCGACGGCGGGCGUCCAGGGCUAGCAGGCUGGCAAGCAGGCAAAGGCAGGCGUCCCUUCGCGCUCUCCCCGCCAGACGAGUUCCGACUCUACGCUCGGCCGGACGUGACGUAACGCGCAGCGUGGAGAGCGUUGAGAACGCCGCCGCCGUUGUCGUCGUCGUCGUCGUCGUCGUUUUCGUCGUCGUUGUCGUUGUCGUUGUGUCCUCCUCGUCCUAACUCGUUCGUUCUCUCUCUAUCGUCAUCCACGUAGUUCGUCAAACAUCGUUUUACUUAUUCCUCGUCUCGCGAAACAAAAAUACGCCGCCGUUGUUAUUUCUUUAUACGUGAACACAUAAUAUUAAACAACAUUAUUAUUCGCCGUAAUUACGUUUUAUUAUACACGUUACUUCUUUAACCAGUUGUUGUUUUCUAUUUCCCUCUUCAUUUAUUUUUUUUCCACUUUAUCUCAUUUUGGUCUUACAAUCAACCAACCAACCAACACGCGAAACUUGAACAAAACGUGUGUGGGGGAGUCUUUUGUUUUAUUAUUAUUAUUAUUAUAGUAUCGUCAAGAUUUCGUAUUGGUGUUACGUUUACUUUCUUCAGUGUAUCUCUCUUUCUCUCUCACUCUCUUUCACUCUCUCUCUCUCUCCGUCAUAUGAGAAAGAAAGAAAAAAUAGUAAAGAAAGAGAUUAAAGGAAAAGAAGAAGAAGAAGAAGAAUAAGGAAAAGAAGUGUCUUUUUUUUGGAUAUAAUCGUGAGAAUAAUUUUGGUGACACGCGCGCGCCUUCGAGGCGCGUAAGAAACCGCGUGCGCUAACAUAAACCUUGACGUUUAACGAAUGAGAAGAGUGAUAUAAGGAAGAAAAUAUAUAAAAAUACGAGAAAAAAGUUGAUAAGUUGUGUUUCUCGUUCGGAAGAAAAUGUUACUAUCUUGAAUUCUAGAUCACGUGUAAACGAAAAAAAUCGAAUAAAGAAUUAAUGAAAUAGAAAGAAAGAGAGUAAAACAGAGAAAGAAACUUUUGAUGCGUGACAUUUUUCUUCGUGUUUAUUCGAGUGAUUCAAAGCGGUGGGGGGAACAUUUCGAAAAAGACGAUAUCACUUCGAAAAGAGGAAGAAAUAACAAGGACAGCCGGCGCGGCGUCGUCGCCAAACGCAAAUGUCAAAAGCUGGUGAAAUCAAGAAGAAGAACAGCAGCAGUGUUACGAAGAGAAGAAGCAAAGUAAUGUUGCGAGGAAAUUGUUCGAUCAUCGCGAUUCCCAUCGAGUCGCGAUAAAACGAAACGAACGGUUGCAUGGAAGAAGGGGGGAUAAUAUGCAGUGAUGAAUGAUCGUUUAUCGCGUAUCUAUCACGAAACGCCAUAAAACAACGUUACGUUUGGCCCCAAGAAAACCGGGAAAACAAGCGUAAAAUAACAACCGGGGGAAUUGUGUAAUGUGUUUAUUAUAAAAAAAAAAAAAAAUAAGCGACAUUAUUUUCUCAUCGAGAUAAAUAUAGAGAGUAAUCAGAAAAAUAUAAAAGACAAAUAUAAGUCUCAGCGUUGUCAAACAAAGAAUAUUAGAAGAAAUAACUUUUUCGGAGAUUUGCUUCUUCGUUUACCGAUCUUCCAAGAUCGAAGAAGCAUCUCUGUGUCGGUGUCACGUGACGCUCGAUCGUCGAGGAUCGUCGCGACGAGAGGCGCGACGCACCGAUCACGAAGAUGCUGACCAUGUCGACCUUGAUGAUGCCCACCACGAUGACGACCAUGACGAACCCAGGGCCGAUACCAGCGCACAGCGUGCCGCAGAAGAUAGAACCGCCUAAGUUGACAGCCGCAGCCACUCUCGCUCACACGACUACGGCGGCCAACAAAUCAGAACACUACCACAUAUUCGUAGGAGAUCUGAGCCCGGAGAUCGAGACACAAACCUUGAGGGAAGCCUUCGCUCCCUUUGGCGAGAUCUCGGAUUGCAGAGUUGUUAGAGAUCCACAGACCUUCAAGUCAAAAGGCUAUGGAUUCGUGUCUUUUGUUAAAAAAGCGGAAGCGGAAAUCGCCAUCGGUACCAUGAACGGGCAAUGGCUCGGUAGCAGAAGUAUUCGAACGAAUUGGGCGACUCGCAAGCCGCCUGCACCAAAAUCUGAAGCAAACGCAAAGCCACUGACCUUCGACGAGGUAUAUAAUCAAAGUAGUCCUACCAACUGCACGGUUUACUGCGGCGGGCUAACCAAUGGUUUGACGGAGGAAUUGAUGCAGAAGACCUUUUCUCCAUUUGGAUCUAUCCAGGAGAUUCGUGUAUUUAAGGACAAGGGAUAUGCCUUCAUCAGGUUUUCUACAAAGGAAUCGGCCACGCACGCUAUUGUGGCGGUACACAACACGGACAUCAAUGGGCAGACGGUGAAAUGCAGCUGGGGAAAAGAAAGUGGAGAUCCAAAUAACGCCCAACAAACAGGGCAGGCGUUAUCGUCGGCGACGUAUCCGUACUACGCGGCGGCAGCUGCUGCCGCCGCGGCGGCGGCGGGCGUCGCGGGUGUUGGAGGCGUCGGUGGCGUCGGGAGUGCCGGCCAGCUAGGUUACUGGUAUCCACCCCAAUCUUACCCGACAACGGCAACUCAGAUGCAAGCCGGUGGUUUCCUUCAGGGCAUGCAAGGCUAUACUUACGGCCAGUUCGCAGGAUACCAACAGGCGCAGUAUAUGGGAAUGGGAAUGGGUGUCCAUGCUGCUGGCACGGCAGCUGGAUGGGGCCAAGGAUUACCUGGGGGACCACAAAUCCCUCAUCAUCCAUCGGUCACGGCACCCCCAGGGGUUCAAGCCGCACCUCCACCUCCACCACCCCCGGCGCAAAUGAUGGCCUAUCCGAUGCAACAGUUCCAGCUAGCGGAUGAGGACUGGCUGACGCCUAGCCUUCUAGUGUGAUGGUAAGCAAGUACAUCCCACCGACAGGAACAACUUCUAAAGCAACAACAUUUACCACCACCGACAGCAACAUCAACAUUUCCGUCACCAUCGACGCCACCGCGACAGCAAAAGCAGUAAAAAUCAUGCCGCUUCCGGCCUGACGUCUCGCGACACGAAGGGCAAUAAUGGUCGAUAAACGAAUAUAAUACUAGCUUAGCAAAAUAUAAAGAAAAUGAAUGGGGUUAAAAGGGGGAGAGAGGACUAGGGAAGAAUAAGGUGAUAGAAAAAUUGGAACGAUAGAAAAGAUGAGAUAGAUUAAAAAGGAGAACAAAUAAAAUAAAAUAAAAUAAAAGGAAGGAAGGAAGGAGGGGGAAAGGUAAGGAAAGGAAUGAAGAAGAGAGGAAAAUUAUUGUCAUGAUAGAUUUAACGCAAGAUCCUUCCAUCCUUAACAACCACCCCAUUACGAAUUUCCUCUCACUCUCCGUUGACUUUAAUUGACUCGAGCUUGUAAAAGAGGAAAAGGAGGAUAGAAAAAUAUUGAGAAGAAAUAUGAACGAAUGAAAUAUAGAAAAAGAAUGGAUAAAGGAAUGAAUAAAAUUCAGCUAUUGUUGUUGGGCGAUCAUUGAUCAUCCUCUCGCGCGUUAGUCCGCAAGAAAUUUUAGUAAAUUUCUAGUCUCUAAUAAUUUUAGAUAGUAUCUCGCCGUGUCACGUUAGUGUCAAGCGCUUAUAAGCACGAAAACACACGAGUUCUCGGAUGCACGGACCAAAACACGCGUUCGCGCAGCAAUAGUUGUUUUAGUUUUACUAUAAAACAACAGCCAAUUUUACUGAUGCACCAAACGUACAUACUUACGUACGUACUUACGUACGUACUUACGCACGAGCGCACGCACGCACGCACCCACCCACGCUUGUCGAAAAAGAAAGGUAAAAAGAAAGAAUUAAAAUAUAAAGAGGAAAGAUUAAGGUAGAGAUAAUUCAAUAUAGGGUACUCGGUAUAAUAGGGCACGUGUGCGCGCGCGCGCGUCUACGAUCGUGCGAAAUCGAUUACCAAAAAUAAAUUAGUCUCGCCUCCCUGAUCAAAUCUAUAUACAUAAAUACAUACAUAUACCCUAGCCCCAACAAUCCUUACUCCCCUUAAUCCCAUUGAGCUAUUUAUAGUACGUGCUUUUCGAAAAAUACAUUUUUUCUAAAUAGACCCUAUUCGUUCAAUGAGAAAAAUUAAAAAGGUAGAGUAUAAUUAGAUACCGAUUUGUUUCGUUAUUUUUAUCAUUUUUGGCAUAAACGCAAAUGAAGAAAGAAUGGGGAGAAAAGAGAAAUAUGGUGUUUGUGAACGUAAAAGAAACUCGAGAUUGCGAAAUAAUCUUUCCAAUUCAUGAUGUAUAAAGACUAGAUUAAAAAAAUGGAAAGAAAGAAGAAAAAAAUGGUGUCGUAGAAGGAAAAAGAAUAAUGAGUGUACUUGAAAAGAAAAAGAGAGAGAGAGAGAGAGAGGAAUAUAUAAAAAGAAAAUAAUUAUAAACGAAAUACACACACAAGUAGCUAGUUAGAUAGGUAUAAUAUAUUAAAAAAAGUUGCUCGACGGGCGAUUCGAAAUUCGGCGGCAAAGCGGAGGCUAACUUCUUUCCGAUUUAAUCCACGAAUAAACUAAACGACGAUAAUCUAAACGUUUUUAAUACUGCGCGCGAUCCAUUUACGCUCGCACAAAUUCCGAUAAAAUAAUUCUUAAUUAACGAAUGCUAUUGCGAACCGGUACAACCAAUCGUACUAUUUCUUAACUUUUACAAACGAGAGAAAAAAAAAUAGAAAGAGAGAGAGAGAGAGAGAGAGAGAGAGAGACAAAAAUGUAAAGAAAAAAUAACGGAGAUCUGUUUGCUAGGUGCGAAAGUAUUUCAUACACGCAUGUGUGCAUUUAUACAUACGUAUUUAACUAGAGCAAACUCGAGGCCAAAAAGACAAAUCAUCUGAAUGAAUCAUCAUAUUUAAAAAGUAGAUGAGUGAAUAAAAAAAAUAUUUGAAGGAAGAGAGAGAAAGAGAAGAUAAAAGAAAAGGAAAAAAAAAGAUAGUUGGACCGCUCGAUAAACUCUCGAAGUAUAAACAUUUUUUAUUAUUAGUUCUCGUCCAAACCGAUCUCUGACAUCCGGCGAAACAAAUAUUUUUAUAAAAGGAUUGUCGGUGCGCGAGCUUCGGGUCCCGCGAUGCUCACGAUCGUCAUGUUGCCGUCAUUGUCGUCCUUGUCGUCGUCGUCAUCGUAGUCGUCGUCGUCGUCGGCAUUGUCGUCGUGCAACCGGUCAAUCGCAGUAAUAACCCUUGGUGGUUUUUAAAUAAGCGUUAGAUUUUUAUAUAAUACUAAAGUACAUAAAUACAUAGAACCAAAAAUUAACGAUGAAAAAUAUUAAGAAAAAGAAGAAGGAGAAGAAGAAGGAGAAGGAUAAGGAAAAGGAGAAGGAUAAGAAGAAAAAGUAAAGAAACUGUAAAACUCGUGAAUUUAAGCAAUAAACCGUUAAGCUUAUAAAAUGGGUGAAGAUUAAUAUUAUAUAAUAGACAAAAUAAAAAUUAAAAAGAAUAUAAAACGGCUGUGUGUGUGUGUGUGUGCGUGUGUAGAAAACACUCCUCAGCCUCUCUGUAUAUCGCUCUUUAAAAAAAGAAAAAAAGAAAAAGAAAAAUGAAAAAUGAAAAAAAAAAAAAGAAAAAAAAGAAGAAGAGAUAUAAAGGCGUUUUAAACUGGCGAAAGGAAGGUCACGCUUUUUCAACAACGAACGAAGGCUAUUGGAGGAGACACGGGGUUAGGAGAAAUUAGAAAAAUCGACACGCGAAUAUUCUCCCGGUGUAUUUAUGCACAUUUUGCGCAAUUAAAAAUCCUCCGAACGAAUAACAUUAAAAAUAAUGAACACAAAUAAGAAA